GCUGUCUCAGUUGCCGUGGCACCACGAAGCAUUUCUCCACGUACAGUACAGUAUUUCUGCCAUCUUUGUUUGCAUUGCAGUGAGUCAUCAAAAGUCUGUCUUGCACCAACACCCGGAGCCGUGCAUUCCUCUGGCACCAACGCGCCACUGUUUUUAAAGCUGGGGCUGGGAGCUGGCAUUUACUUCAGCUCCCAAAUCAAAGGCGGCUAUUCAUUCCCGAGAGCUGCCUGGAUGUUCGUCUGCAUCCGGCUGCUUCAUUGAGAUGCUGCGCGCUGCCCGGGAGAGCCGGCCUGGGUGCAGCUGAGCUGCGGCCGCUGAGCCCAGCGCCCAGCUCUCUGCCACCCCCACCCCUCCUGCAGGGCUCCUCACGCCCUCCCCACCUCAGGGUUCCUUGCUGCAUUCCCCGAGCAGCUGGCGGGCCGGUGUGCGGGAGCCUGCUGCCAGGCUGAGUGGGCAGUGUCUGCCGCCGGCCACAGCCGCUGAAGAUGUGCCUCAUCCAGGCUGCCCCACGUUGAGUCUGAGACCCACCACAGCACCACAGCACCCACCAUGUCUCAGAUGCUGCACAUCGAGAUCCCCAACUUCGGGAACACAGUGCUUGGCUGUCUCAACGAACAGCGCCUGUUAGGCCUCUACUGUGAUGUGUCCAUCGUGGUCAAAGGCCAGGCCUUCAAGGCCCACCGUGCCGUCUUGGCCGCCAGCAGCCUCUAUUUCCGAGACCUCUUCAGUGGUAAUAGCAAGAGUGCAUUCGAGCUGCCGGGCACGGUGCCGCCUGCCUGCUUCCAGCAGAUUCUGUCCUUCUGCUACACAGGUAAGCUUACCAUGGCGGCCAGCGAGCAGCUCGUGGUCAUGUACACAGCCGGCUUCCUGCAGAUCCAGCACAUCGUGGAGCGGGGCACAGAUCUCAUGUUCAAGGUGAGCUCACCCCACUGUGACUCGCAGACCGCCAUGAUCGAAGAUGCCAGCUCGGAGCCCCAAAGUCCCUGCAACCAGCUGCAACCGGCCACUGCUGCCUAUGUCACGUCUCCUUCUGUGCCCAUCCCGCUUCUGACCCGUGUAAAGCACGAAGCUAUGGAGAUGCCGCCGGCCAGUGGCCCGGGCCUGGCUUCUAAACGCCCACUAGAGACAGGCCCUCGAGAUGGUGUGGCAGUAGCUACAGGUGCUGCAGGGACACCUGGCACGGCCCCUCUGAAGCUGCCUCGAGUCUCCUACUAUGGUGUGCCAAGCCUGGCCACUCUCAUCCCCAGCAUCCAGCAGGUACCCUAUCCCCCGGGGGAGCGGACCAGUCCUGGGGCCAGCAGCCUGCCCACCACUGACAGCCCCACCUCCUACCACAACGAGGAGGAUGAGGAGGAUGACGAAGCCUAUGAUACCAUGGUGGAGGAGCAGUAUGGCCAGAUGUACAUUAAAGCCACAGGAAACUAUGCAGUGCAAGAGAAACCAGAGCCAGUGCCCCUGGAGAGCCGCUCCUGUGUCCUCAUCCGUCGAGACCUGGUGGCACUUCCUGCCAGCCUCAUCAGCCAGAUUGGGUACCGAUGCCACCCAAAGCUCUACUCAGAGGGAGAUCCUGGAGAGAAACUGGAGCUUGUAGCAGGCUCCGGGGUCUACAUCACUCGUGGCCAGCUCAUGAACUGCCACCUGUGUGCAGGGGUGAAGCACAAGGUCCUGCUGCGGAGGCUCCUGGCCACCUUCUUUGACAGGAACACACUGGCCAACAGCUGUGGCACUGGCAUUCGCUCCUCCACCAGUGAUCCGAGCCGAAAGCCACUGGACAGCCGAGUCCUGAACGCUGUGAAACUGUACUGUCAGAACUUUGCCCCCAGCUUCAAAGAGAGCGAGAUGAACGUGAUUGCCGCAGACAUGUGUACCAAUGCUCGCCGUGUCCGUAAGCGCUGGCUGCCCAAGAUCAAGUCCAUGCUUCCAGAGGGUGUGGAGAUGUACCGUAGCGUCAUGGGUGCGUCGGCCGCCAGCCUGCCCCUGGACCCCGAGUUCCCAUCUGCGGCUCCACAGGUGUUUGAGCAGCGCAUCUAUGCUGAGCGAAGAAGUGAUGCAGCCACCAUCGUGGCUCUGAGAACUGAUGCGGUGAAUGUCGAUCUGAGCACUUCAGCUAACCCUGCCUUUGAGGCUAAUGAGGAGGUGGAUGGGGGUGGCUCUGUUAUCCAGGAGGUGGCUGCCCCAGAGCAGCUGCCUGCUGAUGGCCAGAGCUCCCCUCAGGCCUUUGAGCAGGGCAACACCAGCUCCAGUAGGCCUCAGACACCAGUGGCCACAGCAACAAGAAGGCCAGAGGGCACCUAUGCAGGGACCUUGUAAGUGGCCGGCAAGGCCAGCUCACAAGGAACCGAGUACUAAAGCUGCUUGCAUGCGUUACUAAUACAAACAAAUGUGAUCAAGCCACUUACCUACUGAACUGCUACUGCUGCCUGACAAAAAUGUGAUUUUUAUUCUGCCUGUAUUUAAAAUGGAUGAAGGAAACAAAUGCAUUCAUUAUACUGUAAACAUUUAGGCCGCUGGCCACUCUCUGGGACAAAGGUCCCAGGGCAACUUUUUGAUAUUCCCCAGCUCAGUCUCCCGUGGUAGUGUUCUCUCUCCCUUCUUGGGGAGACAGAAGAGGCCACCAGGUCCCUGAUGUCCUGCCCUGACCCUGCCUCAUCCACCCUUCUUAUUCCCCUGCUCUGAAAGCAGAAGCUGGGGCAGCAGUGGCCUGGGGCUGGAGGGGCAGACACGACACUCCAUUCUUACCCAUAAGGACCCCACUGGGACAGUGGGGGGAAUGCUGGGCCCCCAGAGGCCAGACUUCUCUUGUUUUCAUUCCUCCCAAGAAGCUGCCUGCGUGCAUGUAUGUGUGCGUGUGUGUGUGUAUGUGUGUGCAUGUGUGUGUAUUCAUAUGUGCGCACACACACAUGA